CUCGUCUAAGCCGUCCAAAUCGUGUAAGGUGGCGAAGCAGCCUUUCAGGCAAAGCUCAGGGUCGACAUGACAAUGUUCAUUCAAUGCUGCUGCUGAAGCUCAGUGCCGAACGCAAGACUGUCAACAUAGAAACAUGGCUGACUCUGCGACAAGUAAGGCGAAUAACAGAGAUAACGCUACUAAAGACAGUCCGAAAUGUCAUGAAGAGUCUCUGUCGCAGUCACGGGAAAUAAUAAAACCUACCAUCACGGAGCUGACCAAAGAAGUAAGGACGAACAUCCUCUGCACCGUGGAAGGAUGUGGCAAGAUUCUCCCCAACACACCUGCAUUGAACAUGCAUCUUGUUAAAUCACACAGAAUAAAGGAUGGUAUUGUCAAUCCUACUAUCAGAAAGGACAUGAAGGGCUCUCAGAAACUGUACUGCUGUCCAAUUGAGGGUUGUCCCAGGGGGCCGAACAGACCCUUCUCUCAGUUCUCCCUGGUUAAACAACACUUCAUGAAGAUGCAUGCAGAGAAGAAACACAAGUGUUUUAAGUGCAACAAUGGCUACAGUACAGAGUGGGACCUCAAGAGGCACAUAGAAGACUGUGGGAAGACCUACCACUGUACAUGUGGCUGCCCCUAUGCUAGUAGAGCUGCUCUACUCUCGCACAUCUACAGGACAGGUCAUGAGAUUCCUACAGAACACAGAAUUCCGCCAGUAAAAAAGCGAAAGAUGGAGAAACUGUUGAGUGACUCUGAAAAGGUUAGGACCAACGAGUCAACCUGUCAGAUCAUACCUUUUAGUAAAGAGCUGACAGAGACCGCUCUCACUUCUGAUACAACUGUUCACAUCCCAGACUCCAACCCCCGUAGGAGCCUCCAGAAGUUGCUCCUACCAAAGCCUAAGAUGGCUUUGGUCAGUGUUCCUGUGAUGCACCUGGCCCACCUGCCUGUCCUCCUUCCUUCUACAGAAAGCGGGGCUCUGAGGUCUGUGGUGCUGGCAGUAGACAGCCAUGGCUCCGUCAGCACCCUUCACCUGCUGCCUCAAACCACUGGAGCUGUGGUUCCCCAACUUGAUGCUAAGAGUUUGUGUUUCAAGGAUAGCAUGCCUACUUCUCGCUCUAGCCUGAGGCCCAUUAGCACAGGGGUACAGGUCAGUCUGAACCCCUUAGGCACAGAUGACUCAGCCAACCUGGCAGGGCAACGGGGAAGAAGCACCUCAACCAACAUUCAGACGGACAAAUCGUACUUGUCCAAAAUGCCCACAGGAUUGGGAGUUGGGGAGGGAAUGGCAUUGUGCUCUGUGGGUGAGUCCUCGGUGUCGUCCUGCUCCCAAACCGAUAUCAGCGUGAGUGCCCAAGUGCUCCUGCCAGUCAGUGUUGAAACCCAGACAUUCUCCUUCCGUUCCAGAGUCACAUCCUCUAUUGGAGCUCAGACAGACAGCCAGUGCAUGAAUCAAAAUCCUUGCUCCUCCUCAUCUAUGCCUCCAUACAAAACCAGGCAGACACAGACAUAUGUUGCCUUGCCACAAUCAGAGGAGAAGGCUCAGGACCAGGCUAUCAUGUGCUCCGACCUAUUCGACAGUGACUCCCUCAGUGUCUCCACUCAGACUGCUCUGGAGAUGGAUGACACCCUCACCGCUGCAGGAAGCAGUCUAUAUGAGGACUCAAAGUCAGCUGUUGGUAUGUGUUUCGGGGUGCAGACAGAUGAGCUCAACUCAAACAACAUGGCAGAUAACCAGACCCAAACAAUGACCUUGUUAAAUGACCUAGAAAAUAUUCUGUCUGACAGCAUGUCAGGCCAUCAGGUGCUCACAGUAGCCUCCGCAGGUUGUGGGUCAGGUCUGGGAUCUGUUCAGGAGCAACACAAUGGCAUUGACUUUGACUUUGAAGAGUUUCUCAAUGCUGUGCACAUCCAGACACAGACGGAGGAGAGUGAGCUGGGAGGACUGGGGGGUGACACGCCACUGGAGUCUCUGGACAUCCAGACCCAGACAGACUUCCUCCUGAUGGAUGAACUGGACCAAAGUGACGGACCAAGUCGAAGUCAAGCCAGCGACCUGGAGCUGUUCGAUACUCAAACUCAGACUGACCUCAAUUUCCUGCUGAACGCCGGCAGCCACAUGCCCCUGAGCAGCAUCCUACGACAUUCAAGCUUUUCCAUGAGCACCGAGUCUUCGGAUACAGAAACACAGACAGAUCUCCCAUCAUUUUCCACAAGUCUCUCUGCUCCGACUCCCGUGAGUCAGGGCGAGCAUGCGAGGCUGCUGAACAGCACGGAGACACAGACUGUGACCAGCCAGGACGAAAGCCUGGGACACCUCUUCCUAACGAGCAACGAAACACAAACUGUCAUGGAUGACUUCUUGUCAGCAGACCUGGCGUGGAAUAUGGAGUCCCAUUUCAGCUCUGUGGAAACCCAGACGUGUGAGGAGCUCUGCGCUCUCCUUCAGCACCCCGAGAAACCCAACAGCUGAAGCCUUCUUUAGUGAAGCUGCUUCUGCAGUACAGGUCUCUCAUGCCUGCCUGUUCCUGUAAGAGGAAUCAGUCUACGCUGUCCUCCAGCGGACCACAGUCUUAGCAGUAAGAAGUCUGCGAAAAUGUCUUUGAACAUUCCACUGUAGACAUCUUGUCCAGAACCUUUCCAGGUUUAUAUCCUGACAGCUCUCCUGCACUUUAUUAGCUCAACGGGCAUGAUUUAUUAGCUCCUGUGACAGUUUACAUAUUUAUUUGCACACAAAGUAACAUAUUGUAUGUGUCUUGUCUAAAAUGUCAGUGUACUUCUAUUUUUCAGUGCAUAACCACUCGCACUGGUUUUCACUCUAUGGUCUUACUGUUUGGUCUUGCGGUUUAAAAAUGUUAGAUAUGCACUUCAAAAAGGAUGACAACCGUACCUGUGCGUGGCCGUCUAAUAACUGGCUUAUAAAAUAGUUAUGACCGCUUUCAGAUGUGCAUAUACUGCAUGAAAACAAUUUAAUCUCAGCUGUACAUCAAAGGACAUUGUGCAUUUAGUUUACGUAUAGGUUUGGUAAUGUGCAUGAAGCCUUCACUUGGUCAGCAGCACAGAAAAAUCAAAUAUCUAUUCUCAGCUUGUGCGUCUGAUGGCUGCCUCGUUGAUGUUGCCUCGUCAGCGUCGGCGUCGGCGAGACUAUAAAAUCUGAAUAGCAGCCUGAAAGCUUUGCCCGCUUAUUGGAAAACCUGACCAUUGAGAACUCAGAAGUCUGCUUUAUGUUUUCCAUAAUACAAACCCAUAAAGCCUUCAACAGUGAACAAGGCAUCGCUUAUAGCCAUUAGGCUGUAUUCUGAAACGUACCGUUGCUUAUGUGGCUCAAGUAAACAACUAAUUGUUUUAUCUUUUAUUGUUAUGCACCUUUCAUUGAGUUGUGAUUGUGAAGUUUGAUGUUGCGUAAACACUUUUGUGUCUGGGCCUCUGUAGCUAAGCAGUCGGGUCAAGUCAGUAAGCAGAAGAGGCUGUCAUUGUCUCUGACUUAUUCAUUAGCUGGGUGUAAGAGUAUACAGAAGCAGUACUGUGUUACUGUACAGAAACACAUUAGCACAGAGCUAUUGUACGUAUUCAGCGCCGGAUCUUGUCCUGUUGAAUAUCUUCCGUUUAAAUCAUCAGGUUUUCAAUCACAAUCGGAAGCAGUAUUUUAAUUUAUUAAUGAAUUAUUAUUAUUAUUAUUAAAUCUCUUCUUCACCAAGCAACUAAACUUAAUGUUUUGAUUGUGUUAUAUUGUUGUACGGAAAAUCACCCCACAGGCACCACGCGCAGACUAUAGAGCUAUAGGCCUUGAUUAUUUGUUCAGUGUGUUACGUCGGUGCCUUAACCCAAGUAUUCGCUUUAGUUCUGUUACAAUUUGCUGCUUUUAAAAACAAUUAAUCAUCAGAAUUACACUAGAAUAUGUUUUGGAAAAUGAACAAAGAAGUUGCUUUGCAUGUUUAAUCCAUUCUGUAUCGGUAUAUACAUUAUGUUUGCAUGAAAUACUGGACUGUCUCCAAUUGUUCUCCAUAGUUUCUAUGGAAAGAUGUGUGUUCUGUCAAAUAUAAUAAUAAUAAUAAUAAUAAUAAUAAUGCUGUGCAGCAUUUUAUUGAAUCAAAUUUGUUUGACGACAUCUGACUAUUUUUAUUGACUGUUGCUUAAUACUGUUACAGUUUAUAGAUAUUUGUAGAAACUGAAGAAUGUACAGAACAUGACACAGUGCCCAAGUAUAACAUGCUCUAUUAUUUGCACACACCAAACAUUUUAAGGAUAAUUUCCUUGUGUUAAUAAGGAUUUUUAACCCCUUACUAAAUCUCAAAAUGUCUUGUAUUGAGAUUAGUUCUUCUAGUUUGUGUUUCUUGAAUUCAAAUACAGCUUGCUCCCUGCUGGUUUAGUGGCACGGGGGAAUGCCUUGCUUUAAACGGAAAAAUGUAGAAGCCUCGUCGGUCUCCAGUGUCAGUUACAGUGCUUUAUUGUCUCUGUAGGGAGUGCAUGCAGAUAUUUUUCCAUCAUAAAAUAUUUGUUUUAGCAGAAUUUGAGAUUCUGUUGCCUAUGUGUGUAGAGUUAAUGGUUGCCUUGAUUAAUUGUUGAAGAUUACACUACAGAUGUUCUUAAUAAACUGCUGGAAACUGUA